UUUGCCAGGGAGAACGGAAAUAUAAAGUUUGCCGAACUGUAUAAAGCUAUCACAGUGACAUUUGUUCUAUACUCUAAUCCAAUGGCGGAACAAAUAUGGAUUGAAGGUGUCGCUUCGGGUUACACAAAAAACGAAACAAUCCAUGAUUUUGGUAUGUCUGAAAUAAAUCUGAAGUACACAGAUUUUGAAAGCAAUGCAAAUAUCAAGGGCGAAAAGAUAGUAUUUGAAUUCAAAAUGUUUAGCACUGAAUAUGAAAUGUACAGAAUAUGGGCAAGUAAUGAACUAGGGGAAGAUUCCUUCAGUUUCAACAUCAGGGCUACAGGUGCGCCAAUAUUUGUACCUGAAAACAGAAAUGUUAAGCAUGGCGAACUUGAUGAACCUUUAACACUAACAUUUCUCCUGUACAGUGACCCUACAAUAAAGGAUAUAUGGAUAGAAGGCGUCGAUACUGAUCAUAAGCAAAACAAAAUAAAACUUGAAUUCAAGUUGGCAAAUUCAACUGUGCCGUAUACGGCUUUUGGAAACAAAGGGCACAUCAUGCGCUAUAACAUUACUAUUCAAACAAACAUUGUAAGCAGUAUUGACUUCCGUGUGUAUAAGAUAUGGGCAACGAAUGAACUUGGAGUCACUUCCUAUAAGUUCGAAGUCAUAGCAGUUGAAUCCAAUAAAAUCAAAGGGAAGCAUGGAUACCUACUGAUAACAAGUAGUAGCAUUAUCGCCUGUUUAUUGGUCUACAUAAUCGCAAUUCACAUCUGUUUUAGUAUCAGAAAGAGAUUUAGAACAAGGCGAGUAAAUAUAGAAGAGCCGUUGCAUUAUAACACUUACGAUGAAAUAGGAUCAAUUUCUUAUGAAGCUGCUGGCUUUCGGCGGUUAGCUACUGAUCAACGAGGACCUAUUCAGCAAACCCCAACAAACCUUAAUCUUCAAGAUGCAUUUUCCACAACCAAUAUUAACAACCCACUUGCAAUGAAUUGUACAACUGAAACAGAUGUGUAUUCGAGAGUAUCAGAUCACGAAUCUCAAGUUAAUGCAGUGCAACAAAAUAAUGUUUUAGAAGCUACACUCGAUGUUUCGCCUACGAUAUCUAUUGAGGAUAUCGGUCACGGCGACAAAAGCACCCGUAACGAACCAGCCGCUCCAGCAGACGAGUCUUUAUAUUCAUUCCAAACAAGAAAACACCAUGACAAACAUUUGACGAAUAGAAACGCAACGUCAACAUGUUCAUCAAGUAGUGGUGAAUCUAAAUUGGAAUCAAAUGUCACGACAUCAGUGGGUUUAAAUGUCGGUGACGUAUACGAAAACCCGUACCAAAUAGUAAUACAUGACAACCAAGAUACUCAUCAAUAUAGUCUUAUAAUGAAUCCAUGUGCGGAAGCUGAUAGUGACAGGGAAACAUCAGAAAUUGACGAACAAACAAAUAAUUCAACAGAUUAUGUCAAUCUUCGACUUUGACUAAACAUAACAUUAUUUGCCACUAGUGAGUCAGUACCUGAUAACCCUUCGGUAAUUAAAAAGUAUUAAAUACAUUGUAAUUGUUAUCUUCGUAUGAAUUCAUGUAAGUAGUUCAACGCCUACCACCAUUCACAGUUUUUGGUCAAGUUAACUUCAUAUUUUUUUUUUUAUUUUACUUGUUAUUUUUGGACAGUUGUUUGUGUGUUUUAAUUUCUUAUUCUUUUUUAUUUCAUAUUGUUAUUUUUGUUUCCUAGCUUUCUUAUGCUUGUUUGUUUGUCUCUUUGUUCUCUUUUAUUAUUAUUGUUAAGAGAUUAAAUGACUGAGGAAGAAUAUCAGAUAUGAUUUCUGACACACUUUUGUCAUAAUGGCCAAUCAGCUCAUGAUGGCGACCGUAAAAUUUCUUGAGUGAUGACCUUAAUUUGAUUGAUUCAUAGCCCUGUCUUAGCAACUUUUGAGAAAGCAGUAUUCCUCGUUCAACAAAAUCAAAUAACGAAGAAGAAACUGCUUACUCGUUUUUUAUUCGUCUGUUGUUGUCGGUUUCUAUUCGACUAAAGAAUUUUGGUUGCCUCCUGAGUAUCUUUCAUCCUUUUUUGUAGAGUUCAAAACGUGUUCAGGGACUGUGUAUGUUUCAUAGUAUUAAAUAAAUAUAAGAAGAUGUGGUAUGAGUGCCAAUGAGACAACUCUCCAUCCAAGUCAAAAUUUAUACAAGUAAACCAUUAUAGGUCACAGUACGGUCUUCAACACGGAGCCUUGGCUCACACCGAACAAUAAGCUAAAAAGGGCCCCAAAAAAUUACUAGUGUAAAACCAUUUAAACGGGAAAACCAACGGUCUAAUCUAUAUAAAAAACGAGAAACGAGAAACACUUAUGAACCACAUCAACAAACGACAACUACUGAACAUCAGAUUCCUGACUUAGGACAGGUGCAAACAAAUGCAGCGGGUUUAAACGUUUUAAUGGUACCAAACCUUCACCCUUUUUCUGAAAUAAUAGUGUAACAUCACAACAUAGAAAGACACACUAUAAAAUAUCAACUGAAAUAGCUUAACUCAAUCAAAGGACAUAUUAACACCAUUGAACAUACACUGAACAAAUAAAUUUGACCUAUGACACAAUGUAAAUACAAAAUAAUUAAACUAAGAGAAGAAUAAUAAAAGUAACAUGUUAUAUCGGUAAGAAAUGUUAAACAAUUAAAGAAAAAAAAAACAAUAUGCUCGAACAAAAAUACCAUCCAUUUGCAAUAACUUUAAACACAGGUAAAUGAAAAUAAUUUUGUUGUUAGGUAUACCUGUACAGUACCAAUAGAGAAAGGAAAUAUUUUUACAAAAUAAAUAAUUUUGAAUACAAAAUAAAUAAACUAAGGGAAGAAUAAUAAAAGUAACAUGUUAUAUUGGUAAGAAAUGUUAAACAAUUUAAGAAAAACAAUAUGCUCGAACAAAAAUACCAUCCAUUUGCAAUAACUUUAAACACAGGUAAAUGAAAAUAAUUUUGUUGUUAGGUA